CCGAUCCUUAGGCAGUUUUUUGAAAAGUUCUACACCGAAAUAGAGCCCCGCAAACAGAACCGAAACUACAAUAUCAGGUAGAAUUGAAAACGAUCAGUGAAGAAGUGAAGAUCUUCCACAUCUAAAUAGUUGACUUUUAGAAGUAUCGUAUCUGAAAACCCUGGAUCAUCGCGAAAAGAUCUGUUGUAGUGCAGAUCUAAAACGGAAAUUUCUCUCCACCACGAAUAACCACAAAACUCGCAAUUCUCACAGACGGUUCUAAGUUGCCCUGUUUCGACGCAAGCGGACAACUUCUUGCAUAACGUUUUGCACAAGUAUUUAUUCUUGCAUAAUUCCCUGCACGACCUACGACUUAAACACCAAAAACACACAACAAGAUGGACGCCAUUAUCUCUCAGAUCGGUUCCAAGAAGGAAGCUGAGGCCGGCUUGACCGCGCUGAAGGCAUACGUUGAGGGCGGAGACAAAACCAAGCUCAUCGAGUCCUAUGAGGCACUCCCGGCCGUGCUGGAGGCUGCCGCUUCCAAGGAAAAGCCAGUCAGCAAGGUAUGAUUAGAUUCAAAUCUUUCAAUUUUCGCGUGUCGACAUUGUAGUCUUAGGUUUCGCAUUAAUUUUUAUUUCCGGCAUUGAAUCCUGCAAUACAAAAUCAAUUCCCAUCCCAGGCCGCCGAGGAUGUCGCAACCCUGAUCUUCGAGAAGUCCGAGGCUUGGUCCGCGUCCGUUUCCCUCCAUGGUCUGGACAAGGCCCUCGACGGUAAGGCCAAGCCCCCGUCCAAGGAGCUUGCGCUCACCCUGGUUGAGAAGUUCGCGAAGAAGCACCCGAAGGCUUUCGCCCGCGAGAUUGAGUGGAUCAUCCAGCCCAUUGUACUCCUGAUGAACGAUAUCAAGAAGGAAGUGAAGGCCAAGGCCAAGGACACCUUGAACACCGUGUGCUUCACCUGCGGCAACAAGGAUUUGAUCGGUUCCGAGGAGGGCGCGACCGUGGUUGCGGAAUCUUUUAUCCCGACCAUCAUCAAGGCGAACGAGUCUUUGAAGAACGUCGAGGAGUGCGUCGAGAAGCUCGCCGGGUGCGUCUUCGUGCAGAACGUCGAGGCUCCGCACUUGGCGGUCAUCACCCCGGUGCUCUGGCGUGGGUUGAACACCAAGUCCGAGGCCACUCAGCGUCGGUGCUGCGUCAUCGUCGAUAACAUGUAUUGAUAAAUAUGAUACGGUUCUUGUUUUAGUUUUAUGUGCGCUCUCGUGGUGAUCCAAGUAGAACCAGUGAUUGCGAGAAAGAUAUUAGACUGUUUUACUACACAGAUGACAGAUGACACAGAUGAAACAGAUGACACAGAUGACAAAUUUCAACAUUUUGAGCGAAUGCGGAACUUUUGUCAUCUGUGGACACAGAUGACAAAAUUGGAACAUCAAAAACCGGCACCCCGAAAUCAUCACAACCGAAAGCGGAAGGCGGCCCCUAAUACAGAACUAGUUGCAGGAUACUGAUUAGACACAGAUGACGUAGUAGUAUUUUCAUAGGCGAGCAGCAGCCCAGAGUGGACGCCCGGGAGUUUUAUCCAGAACCAGAAGACCCUUCGAACAGAAAAGCGCGCGGAGUAGAGGACUUUAGAACUAGAAGGGCAAGCCAGCCCAUGCAUAGGCAUAGAAGGGCAGGCGUGAUUCUGUGGCCCAUCAUAGUAAUAUUUCCAAGAAAAGCGUCACACUUCUGCCAGCGUCCCGCUUAUUGUCCGCGUGUUACGGACUAUUUUCAUUUUCACACGCACGAACCGACCCUAGAUUUUUUGCAACGCACAGGCAUGAGCUAGCUCCUAGAUUUUUGCAACGCACAGGCGGACUCCGAUAAAAUUCGGAUUCCCACGACCGGAUUCUGAUUGAUGCGGAAGCCGAGCGACACGGAAAAUGGCGGAGAGUGGUGGCGUCAUCUGUCAUCUGUGUCUCAAAAUUUGCAUGACACUCAAAAAUUGUCAUCUGUGUCAUCUGUUCAUCUGUGGUUUUGUCAUCUGUGCCAGCCCCCCCUUGUAAUACACUCUAAGAUAUGUUUGUUUCAUCACCUUUUUUUCGAUUCCUUGUCAUGCAGAUAGGUAAGGACUUUCACUUUGUGCAGAAUUCCAGCGGAGCGCGGAAUUUCGAAAUUUCCGUGGAACUCCUCCUAAUUUUUCUGCCAAACCACCAACUGCGCGUUCACCCCUUCUCCCCUUUUGUUGUGGGGUGAAGGUUCUUUAACGUAGUGACAGUCAAGAUUGCCAAUCUCUUCGGAUAGUAUUUUCGUCUUUCCGCAAAUUAGCAAAGUGCAAAUUGAUGCUUUGCACGCAAUCUUUGAUUUCAAAUUUCGAAGCAAACCCUCUUUCUCAGGUGUAAGUUGGUCGAUGACCCGCGUGAGGGUCAGCCGCUGUUCCCGGAGAUUCUUCCCCUCGUGGAGAAGCGCGCCGCCGAGAUCUCCGACCCGGACUGCCGUGAGAUGGCGGAGAAGUGCCUGGCCACCAUCCAGAAGCUGCACGCCGUCGGCCCGAAGCCGGAGGUGGACUUCAAGGAAGUCGCGAACAAGCACACUUCUUUGGGCUUCUUGAACGAAUCCGUCGCCGUCUACCUGCAGAAGGUCUCCUACUCCAUGAACAAGGCGAACUGGUAAACAUGUUGUUUUUUAAUUUUAUCAUUCGUUGAAGAUUGUCGGAAUGGGAGCUGUAUACUGUUGUUCACUAGCAGUUCUUGAUCAGGACUGUUGCACCUAAGAGCGAGAUUACUGUCUUUCAAUCGUUCGAUGUUGAUUAUGCUUUGUGCGGCGGGUUGAGUGCGAAGUACUGUUUCGUCUUUUCCCUUUCAGCAGUAACAAAUCGAUUUCGAAUGACUUUAAAAUCGUCUCUUCCCGCCUAAUUGCUCCUAAAAUCCUAAACCACCAUUCUCUCCACCACCAACACAGCUACGAUCUCGCUGCCUGGAAGGAGGUCCUCGGACCGUACGUGUCCGACCCCAAGGCCGUGGAGGGUAUCAUGAACGAGCUUGCCAACGCUGGUAAGAACACGGAGAUCGAGUUCAUCGAUGAGGAUCCGGCCCCGGAUCUCUACAAGGGCAGCUUCUCCCUCGCCUACGGAACGCUUACCCUCCUCCGUGACACCAAGUUGCACCUGAAGCGCAACAAGUUCUACGCCCUGCUCGGACCGAACAACUGCGGUAAGACCACCCUGAUGCGCGCCAUCUCCAAGGAAAAGGUUGAGGGCUUCCCGAAGCGCGACGAGUUGGUUACCAUCUUCGUCGAGCACGAGGUCGAGGAGCGCAUGCUCGAAGAACCGAGUAUCCACAGUGAAAAUUUUGUUCCCGAGAUAGAACACGAAGCACAGUAGAUUCAUAGUACACUGAAGAGGCAUGUUAAAAGAGGUUCGCGGAACAAGUUCGAGAUCUCCCCUGUCGUUCUCAUCGCGUGAAGAGAGGAAUCAUUGAUGACGUUGCAUCAUUCUCUUUUCUGGGUCGUGCUGUUCUGUGCGAGGGCAAGAAAUUUGUGUUGCAUAGAGAGCAAGGAGUGGCCGCUGGGUAAGUUCAACAUCGAUUUGAACGGAAUGGAGUUCUGCGUGGACACCGUGAACAACGUGUACAAGAAGUCUCCGCCGAUCACCCUGGCCGACGCGGAAGCGGAGCUCGGCCUGAUCGGGUUCAAGAACAAGGCCAAGGGCGUCAACCUGAAGGCUGCAGCGGACAUGUGCAACCCGAUCACCACCUACUCCGGUGGCUGGAAGGUGAAGAUGCAGCUGGCCUGCGCCAAGCUGAUCAACGCUGAUAUUUUGAUGUUGGACGAACCGACGGGCCACUUGGACGUCAAGAACAUUCAGUGGAUGAAGGACUGGUAAACAAAAUUUUAUAGUGCUUGAUGAUGAUAUCUUUAUCUUCUCGCAGGAGCGACUCACUUCUACCCUGCUUUUUCCGGAGCAGAUGUGAUAAGCCUCUUUCUAAUAUUUUGUCACUGCAUAUCCGAUGCGAUGCUCCUUCAUCAUCGUACUUUCAAGUCGGCUACUAAGUGACGCAGAGCAGCGGACGCGAGGGUAACGGGGAGAUCUCGCAAUCCUGUGCGGAUUCUCUUAUCCUUUUCCUCGCGGACAGUUUCUCAUUUAUUGAUUUUUAAAUCGGAAUAGCUGGCGCAUACUCGCUAAUAGUGUAGCUGGCGUGGCCGAAUGAAGGCGGUAGCAUUUAGAGCGAAGAAGCUCUUGCCCCGUUCUGCAACUGUCCGGGGAAGUCAAAAUCUAAAUGUCUUUUCCGUCUUUCACGGAACGCAGAGCAGAGGACGCUGGUGUAACGAGAAUCCAGGCAGACUUCGAAAGAUGCCCUUGUCCGGCUUUCUAUCUUUUCCAGCGGACAAUCAAAAUUUAUCCGAAACUUGUAUUCUUGCCGAGCGCGUCAGUUGAUUAUCACCAUUCCGGCUCUUACUCUUUGUUAUAUUGCAUGACGAGAAAUAUCCAAAUCCAAAAACCUAUCAGGUUGAACGCGUUCCCGGGUUCCAUCAUUGCCUCUUCCUCCAACUCCCUGUUCCUCGACGAGAUGAUCACCCACGUGAUCGAUUUCGAGGACCGCAAAUUGAUCCAGUUCAAGUCCGAGAAGGGCCGUGUGCUGACCGACUUCGUCGCCGCCAACCCGGCGAAGAAGGCCUACUUCGAACUCUCCAACAAGAACCAGAAGUUCGUGUUCCCGCCGCCGGGUCCGCUGGAGGGCGUGAAGUCCAAGGGGCGUUCCAUUCUGAAAAUGAACAUGGUUUCCUUCAAGUACCCCACCCACGAGAAGAACACCGUGCAGGUACUACCGCUUAGUGGGAACAAACCUGAUUCAAUUCGUGAUUCCAUGAAUGUGUAGCACUAGGACUAGCACCGCAUGAUCAUGCACCAUCGUGAGUAGAAAUCUAAAUGCGCAUAAUCUUGUUUCGAAUUGAUGUUCCCGCCGUAGCAGGGUCGUUCGUCUUCGUGUGCGCGAAAAACAACCCAUAUUUUUUCCACUAAAUCCUCACCUGACGACAAUCACAGGACAUCUGCCUGUCUGUCUGCAUGGCUUCCCGUAUCGCCGUGAUCGGCCCCAACGGAGCUGGUAAGUCCACCGCCAUCAAGCUUUUGAUCGGUGAGCUGAAGAACGAAACCGGAACCAUUUUCCGUCACUCCGGUAUGCGUCUCGCCUACGUCGCCCAGCAUGCGUUCCACCACUUGGAGAAGCAUCUGGACAAGACCCCGGUGCAGUACAUUCUGUGGCGUUUCGCGGGGAACGACGAUCGCGAGUCCCUGGAGAACCAGACCAACGAGGUGAACGUCGACGAGGAGGCCCUCCGCGCCGUCAAGUGGUGCGUGGACUCCAAGUCCGGUGUCGUGCGUAAGUGCGUCGUCGGGGAGAAGGCGGACGUGCCGGUCAUCCCGGACUGCAUCUUCAACCGUCGUAAGAACAAGCAGAAGAAGUACGAGUACGAGGUGAAGUGGAUGUACAAGCCGGUCGAGGCUACCUGCUGGGUCGAGCGUGACACCAUGAAGUCCAUGGGUUACGAGAAGAUGGUAAUGUUCAGAUUGUUGAUGGCCUUUUCGAUGUGUUGCUUAUGAUAAUGAUUUCCCUUACAAAAAUGUCAUCGCGGCACAGAGUUUGUUUUCUGCAGAUUAUAUGUCGAUGUCCCAAAAGGAAAAGAUGUAUGUGGUUUUUGUGCAUGUAGUGUUGAAAUUUCGUCGCAUCCGCUUUUGUUGUUUCCAAAACGAAUCUGGCACUAUGAUUCCUUCUGACAUCAAUAUCAAUUCCACCCUACGUACAAUUACAGGUCUGCCGUGAGGAUGAGAAGCAGGCUGCCGCUGCGGGUUUGAUGGCCAAGCCGCUGACGGCCCCGUCCGUGGAAAAGGAGUUGAAGAACUUUGGUCUGGACCAGGAAGCCGCGGCCUACAGUCCGAUUCAGUCCCUUUCCGGUGGGCAGAAGGUGAAGGUCGUGCUCGCAGCAGCGAUGUGGAUGAACCCGCAUAUCUAUCCACAGUAAAUUUCCUGUACACGUACAAAUGCAGUCUCUGCAUGACAAAACUUGCCUUCAAUCCUAGUGUAGCAUGACAAGUUGUGCACUGCAAGUUAGCGAAAUUUGUCAUGCAUUUUGUACAUGUACAGGAAAUUUACAUUGCAUAGCAUCCUGAUCCUGGACGAACCGACCAACUACCUCGAUCGCGAUGGGUAUGAUUUUUUGAUAGAAGUCCCUUUGAUGCUUCUGGUUCUACUUAAUUCUGUAUAUUCACAGAGGGGUCGACAAGAAGUUGACGAAAUUCACAUCGUGCAUCAUCCAAUUGUGUUGCGAAGCUGGCAUGAGGUCCGCGUUUCAGACAUGGAUGGCAACAUGCGAAUUCAGAAGCUCUUGCAAAACUAUUGCUAUUCUACAACAAAAUCUUCAUCACAGUCUCGGUGCCCUUUCCCUGGGUCUGGUCGACUUCGGCGGCGGUGUGGUGAUCAUUUCCCACAACAUGGAGUUCGCCGAGAAGGUCUGCUCCCAGAAGUGGAUCAUGGAAGCCGGUCGACUCCGUGAGGAGGGUGAACUCCAGGUGGACGACGAUGAUUUCGCUGCGGACGCCGCGGGUCCGGACGAGAUCGUCGACGCGAGCGGCAACAAGAUUGAGGUGAACAAGGUGAAGACUAUGUCCGAUAAGGACCGUAAGAAGCUGAUCAAGGAGAUCGAGAAGAAGCUGAAGGAGCACAAGAAGAAGAACACCCUGUCCGACGCCGAGAUGUGGGAGUUGCAGGAUAAGCUCGCCGAGUUGAAGACCGAGAUGGGCGCGUAAGCAUGUCGUGCUGUACAAGGGAUUAGAUUCGUAGAAGAAAAAACUGACUCAUGAAACUGAUAACAAAACGAAUUUAGUAUUCACAAGCGAGAAACUGCACAAAUCUAAAUGCAGCUUCUGUCUCAUCAUCAUCGGAAUUGUCAACUUAUGGAAUAAACGAACACGUCGUGCAAGAAUGGGUUUAUCACAACUUGAUUUUGCGAGAACACAAUAUGAAAAUUGUAGCAGGGGGAGUGCUGGGCGGAUCAUGGCUGCUUUCUGUCCAGUGGCCGCCAAUGAGGCUCGUUUCGCAGUUACUCCUCUUUAACAGAAAUUAGAUUCGUUGCUUUUACAUCACUCAUCGCGCAGAAAGAACCGAGGGGAACCAAAUGUGGCACACAGAAUGCAACGAGAUGCGAUAUGAAAAUAAUCGGAUUUUGGGACACUUCUAAAUGUAACAAUUUGAAGAGCCUGGUUUUCUGUAGGUAGUAGCCAAUGUAGUUGUUUUUAAUCCUUUACAUCUCUCCCGUUAUUUGCGAUUCAUCGAAAAAGCCAAUUGGCGUUGUGAAAGAUACAUUUUGCAGACACAGAGACUCUUCCCCCGGUACUAGUGGCUUCCUGCUUGCGCGGGUUGCUGUAUUUAUUGGGCGGGGCGCCUUCUUGUGUCUAGAUGACCAGGCCGAUACUUGCUGCAGCUACUUACAACUCAAUUGCUGAAUCGAUUCUAAUGGGCAUUAUGUCAGGAGGCACGUCAUCGGCAAUGCUAGUUUUCUGCGAUGAUGCCGUGUUUUCUGGAAAAAAAGAACGGUUAAAGUAUGAAUGAAAUCUUGUAUGCAUUUAUCAGAUCAGAAACGUCAUUUCGAAAGUAAAGUUUGAAAACGCAACCUAAUUUUUAAUUGGGAGAACAGAGCAAAAGCAAAUGCUGUGCAUAUCGUGCAAAGAUUUUUUGCAUUACUACGUUUCCUACACAUGUGAUGCUCAUGCUAAUUACUACGCGUAUGAUAACCUGGCAAAGCAUUGAUUGCCGCAUCAAGAACAAUUAUGGCAAGGCUUUCUUUCGAUUUGAAAACAUGAUCCACCAGACUCGCACUGAAAUUCUGUCUAGAAAGCACUCCAAAAAACUAUCUCUGCAG